AUGGCAAAGUCUAAACAGACUGCGGAGGACCGCCUCCGCAAAUUCCAUGAGCUUGUACUGGAGUCGCAGUCCUUUUAUGGCUCGAAGGAAUUAGAAAAGAUGGCUGAAAAAGCAGGUUAUAGAUCCAUGCAAGCGAAAGAUGCCAUAAAAAUGCUGCUUGACGAAAAUCUGAUCAAGACAGACAAAAUAGGAUCUUCCUCCGUUUUCUGGGAGUUGAAGAGCGAAGCCACGGCGCAGAGGCAGUUGACGUUGGAGAAACUGAUGAAGCAGAAAGCAAGUGUGGAGUGUGCCUUGAACUCUCUGAAGCAAAAGGCUACUGAUAUGAGGAACGCUUCUCCAGAAGAAGUCCUCAGAGCGGAAGAGUUAUCACGGCAGUUGUCCGAGCUCAAAAAGCAUGUGUCUGAGGCGGCAGCUAACGACCCAGGAAAAAUUCAGACGAUGAUACAGGAGAAUGCCUACGCACGGGACGCGCUGGUCCGGUGGACUGACAAUAUAUGCUGUCUUAGUGAGCACUAUGGGACUAGAGGGUGA